AUGAGCAAGACUGAGGGCGUGGUUCUAGCGCACCUGCUGAAGAAGGCCUCCAUCAAGGCGCGUUUCGCCGCAGUCGCUCUGGCACUCACCUGCGAGGAGGACUUCUCCAUUCCCCGAGGCAUGGUCAUAGAGGCCCUCCUCAACAAGAAGUACUUCAUGCCGGAGGCGGCCAUAACUCAAGUCAUCUCCUACUUCACCGGUGUUGCUCUAUUGACGGUCCGAUAG